AUGGCUGGUGCCGACUCGCUCUGGAUUGAUGCAGGGACGACCUCCCUUCACAAGAUCAUGCAGGGCGACAGUUGCAAGGGCUCCAGCAGCGAGUCGGGCUGGACCCAGGUGAGCUUCGCGCAAGCUUUUCCUGAAGCGCCAGCUUUCUUGACGGCCAUUCAGACGACCAACAAUGAGUUUGGCCUGCCAACAGGGAAUUCGCAACCAUGGAUGACGGUCGGGGUCAACGCCGUCCACGCAACCGAUGCCUGGGUUGCUCUGGAGCUUUCUGAGACAGGGUCACACUCCGCUUCGCAUGUCCAAAGCGACGAGGUCAUCGGCUGGGUGGCGAUCCGGCAGGGCAGCGGCUCCUUCCAAGAUGCAACAGGAGCCUCCGUCACCAUCAGCGCGAGCAUCACCGGUAAGAAGAUCAGCCACAAAAACUACAAGCACAAGUUCGGGAUGACCUUCGGUGCAACCCCAUUGGUUGUUGCGAGCCAGACGACCAGGUGGGGCGCGGACGGCGGCUGGGUCAAAAUAAAAAGCAUCGGAGUCGGCUUUGCCGAGCUCAAGGUGCAGGAAGAUCAAGCCUGCGAUUCAGAGACGAGUCGUGACCGUCGUGACCUGGUCUGUGAUUUCAACGUGACCCUUUGUGAUUUCAACGUGACCUUUUGUGAUUUCAAUUUUGAACGCGCAGCAUGUGGAUCUGCGGAAAGAAAGCAGGAGCUCACAACCCUGGAUUUCGACACGGAAACCGGCUGGUCCGCAGGGAAGCCCAAAGGUCCCGAUCAUGUGGGUUUCAAGAAGAGCGCUUCAUGGGCUCUUGGUGUCUUGCGAUAUGCGCCCCUGGUGAAGCUGUGCGUCUUUGCCCAGGUUCUUGUCACUCGGGCAGGUGACGUUUGCAACGCACCGAACUCGCCGGCUUGUGGGACUAAAAGAACCACGAACGGCGGGAAUUCGUUUAUCCAGUUCCGGCAAGGCACUGCCAAAGUGUGGGAGCCGGAAAAGCCAGUGGUGUGGGUUGCGGGGCCCUUCGGUGACUGCAUGCGCCCUUGCACGGCAGCGCCAGAUCUGAAGCCAUCGCAGGUCCGGACUCGUGGCUGCUUCACCCUCGAUGGCGAGGAGAUGCCUGAGGAGUCGUGCGCGGCACUGCCGAAGCCAACUCUCACAAGGCACUGUGGCUGCGGUGUCCUCUUCUGCGAUGACAAGGUAUGCAAAGACGUAUUGCCAGAGAGCGAAGACACCGUGGACAACGAGGAUGACGGCAACUUUGAAUGCCUGGGCUGCUUUCCGCUAGGCGCAGCGGAAAGUGAAGCUGAGCUUCUGGAGAACAAGGAUGUCCAGGUCGCUGACGCAAAGUGCAUCGACCACGCGGAUGGCACGCCCUGCAACGGUGGGAUGCCGUUCUUCCGCAUGCGCAGCAAUGCCAUGACCCCCGCCCUCUGCUUCGAGUUUUGCAUCGGCGAGGGUUUGGACCUUUUCGCGGUGGUUCAAGGCGUGGAGUGCCGGUGCGGCGCGUCCGCCAUGAACCACGUCUGGGGUGGCAAAAAGGCGCGGCCGGGACUCCAGCUUCCCAAGAUGCAGAGCGACUGCCUGGAGGAUGGCAACUGCCCAAUGCGAGUCUACCGCUGGAAAGGCCCGUUCGUGUCGGGUGGCUCGGUGCCGCCCCACCUGCUCGAGAGUUCGGGCUCGAGCAGCGCUUACAUCGCCUCGAUUGUGGCGGGCAGGCAUCUUGGGCAGAUGGAGGACACGGAGGAAAUGGCACAGGACGCCGGCCUGGUGCAGACAAGGGCCGGCCAAGACCCCAACUAUGACAGGCUGUGCCCCGACUGCAACCACGGCCGCGCCUGGAGCGAGCGCACCACCGUGGCCCCGGAGGGCAUGAUCGACCAGUGGGAGGACUACGUCGUCAUCCGGUACAACUGGGCCGACGCCAUCGCAAACGAUGAAACCCGCAAGGAGGGCUUCCGUGCCGCUGCGGAAGGCUGGCGAGCUGAGACCUGUGUUGCCUUGAUCGAGGACCACACGAUGACCGGAGCGAUGGCCUACAUCAAAGUGGAUGGAGGGAGCGGUGGUUGCGACUUUGGCUGCAAGAGCUGCUACCACAACCUUGUUGCAGGUGGGGCCCAUGUCGGCCAAUGGAACCCAACUGGCCUUUUCAUGGGGUGGUGCAACAGCGUGUCCCAGAAAGGCCUCGGCAUGCACCACACGCAGAAGCGCGCGGACGGCUCCGAGGAGUAUUUCGGCCACGGUCCACAUUUGAAAGUGUACUGGGAAAACGUGGCUUCCACCUGGGUCGGGCAGUACACCCCAGACAACAGACCCUACACGGGCUCGGGCUACGAAGGCGAGGGAGACGUUCACGUGGGCUACGCUCCCUACGACUUCGCUAUCUGCAUUCACAUUGGCCAGGCGCGCACAAGCAUCCCUGCAUUGGUAGCAGAAGAGCCCCAGUUCGGGGGUGGCGUGCAGAUCGGAAACGCCUGCUGGGAGCUCUUCUGCCUGGAGCACGGCAUUCAGCCGGAUGGACAGAUGCCCAGCGACAAGACCAUCGGAGGCGGAGAUGAUGCAUUUAACACUUUCUUCUCCGAGACUGGUGCCGGCAAGCACGUCCCGCGGUGCGUCAUGGUGGACCUUGAGCCGACGGUCGUCGAUGAGGUGCGCACAGGAACCUACCGCCAGCUCUUCCACCCUGAGCAGCUGAUUUCGGGCAAGGAGGACGCUGCGAAUAACUUCGCACGCGGGCAUUAUACCAUCGGGAAGGAGAUCGUGGACUUGGUCCUUGACAGGAUCCGCAAGCUGGCAGACAACUGCACCGGCUUGCAGGGCUUCUGCGUCUACAAUGCUUGCGGCGGCGGAACUGGCUCCGGCUUGGGCUGCCUCAUGCUCGAGCGCCUGUCCGUGGACUACGGCAAGAAGAGCAAGAUCUCAUUCACGGUCUGGUGCUGCCCGCAGGUGGCCACGGCCGUUGUCGAGCCGUACAACACUGUGCUGUGCGUGCACUCCCUGUUGGAGCACACCGAUGUGACCAUCAUGUACGACAACGAAGCUCUUUACGAUAUUUGCCGCAGGAACCUGGACAUUGAGCGGCCGACCUACACCAACCUGAACCGUCUCAUUGCCCAGAUCAUCAGCUCCCUCACGGCCAGCCUUCGCUUCGAUGGGGCCUUGAACGUGGACAUCACGGAGUUCCAGACCAACCUGGUGCCCUACCCGCGCAUCCACUUCAUGCUCACGUCCUAUGCCCCCGUCAUCUCUGCGGAGAAGGCCUACCACGAGCAGCUCUCCGUGGCGGAGAUCACGAUGUCCGUGUUCGAGCCGGCCUCCAUGAUGGUGAAGUGUGACCCGCGACACGGCAAGUACAUGGCCUGCUGCAUGAUGUACCGUGGCGACGUGGUGCCCAAGGAUGUGAACGCGGCCGUGGCCACCAUCAAGACCAAGCGCACCAUCCAGUUCGUGGACUGGUGCCCCACGGGCUUCAAGUGCGGCAUCAACUACCAGCCCCCCACUGUGGUUCCAGGUGGAGACCUGGCAAAGGUCAUGCGCGCAUGCUGCAUGAUCUCAAACUCCACUGCCAUUGCCGAAGUCUUCUCGCGCAUCGACCACAAGUUCGACCUCAUGUACUCGAAGCGUGCCUUCGUCCACCACUACGUGGGCGAAGGAAUGGAAGAAGGCGAAUUCUCGGAGGCCCGCGAGGACCUGGGUCUGAAUCCAAAGCAUCAAGUGCGGCGAUAUGGUCAUUUCUCUAAAUUAGGGUCCCUUUUGGGGUCGGGAUUGUAA